AUGAUCAACUUUUUCCGCCAAAUACGCAAUGUCUUCAAGGAGUCCCACGCCCCGCUGCAGCAGAUUCUGCUCUCGCGGCGCGCGUUCUUCAGGCUUCUGGGCUACCUCGGCACGUGCACCUUGCUGAUCGUGGUAGCGCAGAACUGCUAG